GAGGCAGAGAAAGAGGGAAAUGAUAAAGAGAAAGGGAGAAAGAGAGAGGAUGAGGAGAAGGAGAGCGAGCGAGUGAGCAAGCGAGGUGAAGAGAGAGAGAGUGUGUGUGCGUGUGUGUGUGAGAGAGACAAGAGCAAAGCAGAGAAGGAAAGGAAGAGGGGGAUGGAAGGCGCUGUAGCGGCUGUGAGAUUCUCUCGUGGAUGCUGCCGCUCCUCUUCAUGGCUUUGUCCCCUCUCUGCACGGUCACCGCGUCCCCGGGAGCAGGCGGCCGCACACGGACCAGCACUCAGCCACGGAGCCGGGGAUGAAUCGGCCCCAACAAAGAGCCUUUGAGAUGGCAGCGAGCGCCCGUGCCUGGAGGGAGCAACGCGUCAGGCUUUCCCAGGCGAGCGGCCGCCUGCAGUGAGAGCCAGAGCCAGCUCUGCUCCGCCUGCGUGAGAGGCAGCGCGCUGUCCGUGUGAGUGGAUGCGAGAAGGCGGGUGGAUAAUAGUGUAUGUGCACACCGUCGUCUGCAAGCCUUCCUGAAGGAGAGAGGCUCCGCUCUUCACUGGACGGCGAGGGACGUUUCAGGGCGGGGAAGCUGACGUCCCCUUGGUCCUGAGGAUGUUUCGCAAGAAGAAAAAGAAGAGGCCUGAGAUCUCAGCGCCCAAGAACUUCGAGCACCGCGUCCACACGUCGUUCGACGCCCAGCGCGGCUGCUUCGUCGGCCUGCCCACCCAGUGGCAAAGCCUGAUAGAGAACCUGCGCAGGCCCAAGCCCAUGGUGGACCCGUCCCGGAUCACGGAGGUGGAGCUGAGGCCAAAGAAGACCAUCGUGCGUGGGAGCAUGAUCGGUCACGGGGACUACAUCGCCGCCAUGAUCAGCGACAUGAGCCGUCUGUCUGUGACCAGCUCCAACUCGCUGAGGAAGAGCAGCCCCUCGGCCAGGAAGCGGGCCCAGUCUCUGGGAAGGCUGGGGGAGGUGAACGAAGGGGAGGCCUAUCAGUACGAGGGCCUGACCCGGGACCACGAGGACGAGGACGAGGACGACGGCCAGGACCAGUGGAGGGACAGGGCCCGAAACACCCACAGCGAGACCAACACCCCCUACCUGGGCAUGAAGAAGAGCAUCACCCUGCAGCCCAACGGCAUCCUGCCGAAGGCCACGUCCACCUACGAGGUCGGCCUGAGCUCCCAGGAGGCGGCGCCGCCACCGGUCCCGGCCCACAGCCUGCCGGUGCCGAGCUACGAGGCCUACAUGAGCGGGGAGGUGGGUCCCCAGGAAAGGCUCAUCUGGAAGAGGGAAUCCCAGCCGCCCCGCGGGGGGCCUCCCGGCCACAGGCCCGUUGCCUGUUUCUACAGCCCGGCCAUGAGCGCGCAGCCGGCGCCGGGCGGCGACCCGGGAGCCGCCACCGAGCUCCGGCCCAACCUGCCCCUGUACGGGCACCCACACAACAGCCCCGGGAGGCCGUUCUCCUCCUACGACCUGAAGGCCGAGUCGGCGGCGCGGUACCACUCCGGCUUCCUACCCACCGGCACCAGCAGCCCCCUGGCGGGCGGCGUGCGCCUCCAGCGGACGGUGCGCUCCUCCGCCAGCUACACGCUGGGCCUCUCUCCCAACAUGGGCCUGAGGCCCGGCGGGCCCGAGCCCUUCCUGAGGCACUCCGGGUGCCCCCACCCCCCCCACCCCAGGCAGGACAGCCCCUCCCAGCCGCGCCCCUCCCCCACGGGCUCACUGGCCACCAGCCCCCCUGGCACGUGCUCCCCGGCCUUCAGACCCCCUCAGCACCCCGCGCCCCGGCCCCCCCCCGACCCGCCCAAGGUGACUCACGAGCAGUUCAAGGCGGCGCUGCAGAUGGUGGUGGACAAAGGAGACCCGCGGUCGUACCUGGAGAACUUUGUGAAGAUCGGGGAGGGCUCCACGGGGGUGGUGUGCAUCGCCACGGAGAAGCACAGCGGGAGGCAGGUGGCGGUAAAGAUGAUGGACCUGCGGCGACAGCAGAGGAGAGAGCUGCUCUUCAACGAGGUCGUGAUCAUGAGGGACUAUCAGCACAGAAACGUGGUGGAGAUGUUCAAGUCUGCGCUGGUGGAGGAGGAGCUGUGGGUCAUCAUGGAGUAUCUGGAGGGAGGAGCUCUCACCAACAUCGUGUCUGAAACCAGGCUGGGGGAGGAGCAGAUCGCCACCGUGUGUGAAGCGGUUCUCCAGGCCCUGGCCUACCUCCACUCACAGGGAGUCAUCCACCGGGACAUCAAGAGCGACUCCAUACUUCUGACCAUGGACGGACGGGUGAAGCUGUCAGACUUUGGCUUCUGUGCUCAGAUCAGUAAGGACAUCCCGAAGAGGAAGUCUCUGGUGGGGACUCCCUAUUGGAUGGCUCCGGAGGUCAUCUCCAAGUCACCGUACGGCACUGAGGUGGACGUGUGGUCCAUGGGCAUCAUGGUGGUGGAGAUGGUGGAUGGAGAACCCCCGUACUUCAGCGAAACCCCCGUAGCAGCUAUGAAGAGGCUGAGGGACGAACCAGCGCCAACGGUCCGAAACCUCAGCCAGAUCUCCCCAGUUCUGAAAGACUUCCUGGAUCGGAUGCUGACCCGAGACCCGCUGGAGCGAGCCAGCGCCACGGACCUGCUGGAGCACCCCUUCCUGCUGCAGAGCGGCUCACCUCAGUGCCUGGUCCCGCUGGUGGAGCAGUACCGCAAGCGCAUGUCCCGCUGCUGACCCGCUGACACCUCCAGACAGGGAUGAGGACCAGCAGGGGUCCACUUCCUCCGGCACCAAAGCCAGGGGGCUCCAGGGAGCAGAGCCAGGCAGCACGUGGCUCCGGACAGACGCUGCAUGGGCUCAGGCAUGAGAGAAGCACUUUAGGAGUACGUUACGGAUCGCAUGCAGUUACUGGGCCCGAAACCCGGUUGGCUUCCUGCAACAUUUAGUGGGAUUUAACCCAAACACGGUGCGUGUGACGUUAGAGCAUCUCAGUAUUUCACAGAACUCCAGUCUAUGUGACAAACACGUUAGUUGAUAGUGGGCGUUACUGCUAGGCGUGUGUUGUUAGGUUCAAACAGUAGCGUUGGGACGUCCUUUGGGAGGAAACGGAACCGCUGCACACUCACGCGCUCCGUCCUGGACACACACACUCUGCACGGCCACCGGAGGCACAUCUGGCCUGAUGUGAAUGCUUGAGUCACAAACGUGAAGGACAGUUCUCUGUUAUUAGCUCAACAAAGGGUAGAUGAAGGCCCAGCUGCUGCUGCUGGGCUGUGGGGGGUUCAUCACCACCGUAUUCCUCUGUUUCAUAAUGAUCUUUAGUUCCCAGACGUGUUGUGACUUGUUUGUGUGACGUGAAGUUGCAAAUAAGGUUUCGUUAUUAAGUACGGACUUCAAACAUAAACCCAUGAAUUAAUAAUGUAAAUAAAGAUGCUGAUUAUCAGGUCAGGUCAAACCUGCUGAUUCACACAAACGUUAGUUUCCUUUACUAUGUGAGUGUACAGCUGUGUGUGUGUGUGUGUGUGUGUGUGUGUGUGUGUGUGUGUGUGUGUGUGUGUGUGUGUGGUGACACAAGCCUGUUUUCUUGUGAACGACUUUUUAAAAACCACAAAGUGUGUGUUGCUCCUGUGAAGGUUGUGUGUGACGGGACAAACCAGGUCUGGCAUGUGACGCUGCAGGACACGCACCUGCUGACAAACACUUUGCACAUCGUAUUUGUACUCGGAUGCAGAUACGUGCUUCAUGUAUUUCUAUCUGUGUGGAACAUUCACGAAAAAGAGAAUUACACAUUUUAAUUUUGUAAAACUUAAUAAAAUAAUGCAUAAUGAAUUUGAA